AUGGGCGCCCACGCCACCAACUGGAACGCCAAGUCCAUUGGCAUCUCCUUCCUGGGCAACUACAACAACAACCGACCCACCGCUGCCAUGAUCAGCGCUGCCAAGGGCAUUCUGGCCGAUGCCGUCUCCCGUGGACAGAUCAGCUCCGGCUACACUCUGUACGGCCAUCGCCAGGUCAGCGCCACCGAGUGCCCCGGCACCAACCUGUGGAACGAGAUCCGCACCUGGGCCCACUGGAAGGCUUAAGAAGCCUGCGAAAGGAUUUCC